AUGAAUAGUCCUGGGCGUCGAGUUAUGGUCUCGAGUAGUGUGUCAUUUGAGAUCCAUAUCGAGCAGACCGAUGCGGCUGAACGAUGUCGCGUGGAUGUCAUUCGGUUCUGGUUUGAUGGCGAGUUUCUGUCCAAGUGGGUCAAGAAGAAGGAUAGCUUUGCACCCCCCAAUGAUGAUGUGUUCGUGAUUCUCAUCAAUGGGAGGUGGACACAAGAGGAUCUGAAUCCUCAGGGAGAUGAGCCGAACUAUGUUGGUCUGAAGGUAGAGUUCGACCUAGUCGAGGGCUGUAUGCUGGACGAAGUGGGAUGGAUGAAAGUGCUCUAUGAUUCUGCGGAUGUACCGGGCUCUCUCUAA